AUGAAGACCACCCUCCCGCUUGGCGUGGAAGUACGUUGUAAACCGCGUUUGAGAGAGAAAGAGAGAGAGAGAGAACCGAAAACAAUCGAGGCUUUGCGCAACAUCCUCCGUAUUCAUGUUCCACGAAGAAGAAGAUCCACGGUUCCUCCCAUGGAUCUUCUCCUUGUCGUAGGGUUUUCCUCUCGUCUCCAUUUUGUUAAUAUUCAUGUGUUACUGUAGGUAGUUAUGAUUGGGUGCUACAAUGCGUUGGUUGCCUAACAUUUCGUUCUCUUCCUCGUCUGGUUCUCAAUCCUCGUCUUCCUCGUUCAAAUCCUCCGUCGGUGAAUCGCGCAAUGCGAGGAAGAGCAGUGACGUCGCCUCCGGGUGGCGUUUUGGUUCCAUCAGGAAGCUCACGCGCCAGCGGAAGCUCCGUCAUUUUGGUGAUCCCGACAUGCCCAGUGCGCCGGAGCCUCUGUCUCAGCUGGUACGAUCUCCGAGCAACAGCGCCGAUUAUUCGACUGCAAGGUUCUCUUCGGCGUCCGCAUCCGCGUCCGCGUCCUCGGCAAAGCCGCAGCCACUACCGCUGCCCAGUUACGUGGACUACCCGCUCCCUUCGCCGAAGACCGGGCCGAGCCGAGGCGUAGAGGAACAAGAUAGAGGGGGAGCGAGCUCAAACACUUCCAUGAGGAGUGUGUUUGGUAGCCGAGAUGGGAGAGACAGAAAAAGCAGUACGGAUCAUGCUGACAAGAGGUCAUCCGGGAAGGAGCAUCAAGACCUAAGUGGAUCUAAAAGCUCAAGAGGAGGCUUCAGUGUCAAUGUUCCCAUCAGGAGUGCUCCAACUAGUCCUUUCUCGAGUCCUGCACUUAGCCCACAAAGGCGGAGUGCAGCCGACAUGUUUCCUUAUUAUUAUUACAUGAUUCCUAACGGAAAUCAAGCCUGGUCUGCUCCGGAGAUUUCGACCUCGGAAAUGACUCCAGGGCUCCCUCCCCCUGCAUUCUUUGAUUAUGGGACCAAGGGAAAUCAAGCCUGGUCUGCUCCGGAGAUUCCAACCUCAGAAAUGACUCCAGGGCUCCCUCCACCUGCAUUCUUUGAUUAUGGAAUUCCUAAGAGAAAUCAAGCCUGGUCUGCUCCAGAGAUGCCAACCUCAGAUAUGACUCAAGGGUUCCCUCCGCCUGCAUUCUUUGAUUACUCUCCAUUUAGUUGUGAUACAUCUCCCCACCACAGUCCUCGGGCGAGAAGUCCCCUACAAAACACCAAAAGCCCAAGUGUACCUACAUCACCAUUGCAUUCAACAGCACGCCGUGAAAGUAAUGGCACCGUAAAUGUCCACCCGUUACCUCUUCCUCCUGGUGCAGCCAACUCUUCAUCAUCAGUUCCCACUCCCCAGCCUAUAUCUACUCCGCCUAUAAGUAAAUCUGAGUCGGUGCCAAGGAAUAGUCAAUGGCAAAAGGGAAAGCUUAUUGGGCGUGGCACAUUUGGAAGUGUCUAUGUUGCCACCCAUCGUGAAACUGGAGCUUUAUGUGCAAUGAAGGAAGUUGAAUUAUGUCCCGAUGACCCAAAAUCUGCAGAGUGUAUAAAGCAAUUGCAGCAGGAAAUCAAAGUUCUCAGCCAGCGGAAGCAUCUGAAUAUCGUGCAGUAUUAUGGUAGUGAAAUAGUCGAAGACCGGUUUUAUAUAUAUCUGGAGUAUGUUCAUCCUGGUUCAAUCAACAAAUAUGUUCGUGAACAUUGUGGAGCCAUGACAGAAUCUGUCGUUCGCAAUUUCACUCGCCAUAUUCUCACUGGGCUGGCUUACUUACAUAGCACAAAAACAAUUCACAGGGACAUCAAAGGUGCUAAUUUACUUGUUGAUCAAUUUGGAGUUGUCAAGCUUGCUGAUUUUGGAAUGGCUAAACAUCUUACUGGACAAGCAGCGGAUCUUUCUCUGAAGGGCAGUCCAUACUGGAUGGCCCCAGAGCUCAUGCAAGCAGUGAUGCAGAAAGAUUCCAGCUCUGAUCUGGCUCUUGCUGUUGAUAUUUGGAGUUUGGGUUGUACCAUUAUUGAAAUGCUCACUGGAAAACCUCCUUGGAGUGAGUUUGAAGGGGCUGCGGCCAUGUUCAAGGUUUUGAGGGAUACCCCUCCCAUACCAGAAACAUUGUCAUCUGAGGGAAAGGAUUUUUUACGGUGCUGCUUUCAAAGAAAUCCCGCAGAGAGACCAUCCGCUGCCUGGUUGCUGGAACAUCGAUUCUUGAAGAACUCGCAGCAGCUGGAUAUCCCAUCUUGCAACCUGUCAUUUAAUGGGAAGAACUCGAUGGAUAAAGCUCAUAGUCCAAGAGAGCAAUCUGAAAAUAAACCCGACCAGUUGCCAAGGUUUCCAAGCACACAAAUUGCAAAAGAAAAGUUGGCCUGUGAGAGCGAGACUGGCAAGCAAUCUCAUCAUGAAACUCCCGACUUUACAGUGGCCUCCCGGUAUUCUCCUCGCUCUACCCUUGAGGCCCUUUCUAGUUUAUCUCCACCACACAUUGGUCAGAGCACAUCUCAUCCUAGUCCUGCAAAUGCUCCCAGCAGUUCCAACAACCGUGCCACAAAAAAAAGUAGUAAAUUCAGAUAACCCACUGGAAGGGAAGGACUGCUGCUGCAAUUUUUUGGUCAUGGAUCCUUCUGACUCACGGCUCCGGAAUUGUAUCAUAGACUUUGUGGAUGCUCAAGUAGGUGACUCGCAGCAGCCAUAGCGUUGAGAUAGUAUAGGUUCUUUGACUUGACAGCUCUUGAAGUUAUUAAAGCUUCUUCCUCCUGGAAGUUUAUCCUGCAUGAGAAAUUCAGAAGCACUUUUUGUAUACUACUUGCUGAUUUAGAGCUUCUACAAUCACAGAAGUCACUUAACCAUUUCUUACCUCCAUGUACAAUUCGAGUCAAAAGAUGAAUGUGCAGAUAUUAGAAGUUGAAAAUUAUUUAUAUUUCCUUCCUAGUAGGGAUUUGAUGUCACUGUUUUAUAUUCAUUAGCUUCAGUUGUUGGUAUUGAACUCUUGGAUCCCUGUAGAUAAGUGUAUAUAAUAUACAUGCGAAUUUUAUGUCUAA